AAUGGCUGAAGUAGUACGAGUUGUCAAGUGCAACUUGUAGCGAUGUCGACGAUUAAUGUUUCCUCUUACACUGUUGUGUGCCGCCGUUCGCGGCCGCUGCCAGCUAGUUCAGCCGGCACUACGCCGGCUAGUCGUUUUUGGAGGCCGCGGCCGACGUUUCCUGCUACUCCUGUCGCAAUCAAGUGCCGACGGCCCAUGUCCGUAACCUGCGCCCAGCGGCCGGCGUUCAGCAUCCCCCCUACUGCUCUGCUGUACCCGGUGCCUCCGGAUGUGAAGGAGCGGUGGGAGAUCAAGGAUGAGAAAGACCAUGUGAAGCUAUGGUUCCAGGUGCCCGGGCUGUCGGAGGGGGACCUGAAGGUCAGCACCAGCGAAGACAUGCUCGAGAUCGAGAGGAUCGGCGGCGCCAAGACCGGCCCCGUUGACGGGGUGGGCUUCUUCCACGUGAGGCUGCUCAUGACCAAGGAGUACGACAGCGCCAAUGUCACGGCGGAGCUCAAGGCCGGGAUGUUGGAGAUCACCGUCGGCAAGACCAAGGGCCGCAAGCCCCACACAGUCUUCGGGCCCAAAGACACAGUCCAGUCUGGUAACAGCCCAGGCUCAGGAACGAACGGAGUAGGGACCCAGCCCAACUCAAAACCAGAACAGAAGAUGGGCAAGAAUGGAGCCCAAGGCUAAGAUAGUUUUGGGAUCUCCCAAGAAGAAAAAAACUCAGGACUGGUCGGUCGGCCCAAACCGAAUUUCCCAAGGAGACCAAUGGCAGGGCAUUGUUGACAUCCUUUUCCAUCAUUCCAUGUUCGUCUGCACUUUGCUCGCGAAUCUGGUCUCCGUUUGUUUGAAAAAAAAUAAGGUCUCAUUGAACCAUGUUUACUCUAGGAAUGAUAGAGACAGCGUGAGCCAUGAUUUCAAGUAAACAUUACUCCGUACUAUUUUUGCACAAAAUUACUAUUGUCUGGGAUUCAAGGUAAUGGAGCUUCCAACAUGAGAAUAAUUUCCUUUA